CUGUGAACGGCUGAGAGGAUUACAUGUGUUUUCCAACUGAUGCGGAGCAAAGUUAAAACACGCGUGAGAUAUCUCCUGCAGAAUAUCGCCUUUUCUCCUUUUUUUCUUGUUCUCUGAGAAAACUUCUACAUUUGAUUGACUGGGACUGCAGGCGCCACAUGCCUGUGGCUCCAUCGCUCGACAAGUUCCUAUCGUGAUCAGAUUAAAUGUUUCCUUCCCUGGCCGGUGCUCCCUAUUUUGCAACCCACAUGAGUAAUGUUUGUAGUUUCCUAACACACGGUUCAAUUUCGAAGAAUUCCCAGUCAAGUUUCUAGUUUCAGCGUGCAGUUCGUCAUGAUGAGUCGGAUUUUCUGGGAUACAAUAUUUCUGAUAAGUGGGUCCCUCUUCACAUUUGGAGCAGGGCAGGGAAAUUCAAUUAUUGAUACCAGCACUCCCAUCGAUACAAACUCCACCAGCGCUCCCAAUGCCACCACAGCCACCUCUGCUGCAACCACCAGCACCAGCAGCACUGCAACCACAACAACCUCUACUAACAUCCCUCCAGUUAAGAAGUUUGUGGCAGCAGCUGUGCGAUCUCAUUUUGACGAUUGUCCAGACUCCCACAGUCAUUUUUGCUUCCAUGGCACCUGUCGCUUCCUGAUAUUGGAGGAGACGCCUGCAUGUGUGUGCCAUCCAGGCUUUGUUGGGAUGAGGUGUGAGCAUGCAGACCUGCUCGCAGUCGUAGCCACUAAUCACAGACAGCAGACCGUCGCUACGAUGCUGGUGCUCUGUGUGAUUGGCUGCGUUCUGAUCAUGCUGUUCUGCACACUUUUGCAUUGCUGGUGGAGGCGGGACUGCCACAGACGGAGCAACGUGCUUCACUAUGCCUCAGAGAAGUCUGGCAGCGUGCUGACGCGGGGAGCGUCCUGCUGUGACUUUGAAAGUGUGGUUUGAGAGGAGAUCUGACUGGAACAUGAGUCAUGUUUGCAUCACAAGCUGCUCGUAUUCCUCGUCUGUCCAGCCCUCCUCAAGCCCUUCAGGAUUUCACUCAAAACGGUUUUCGGAUAUCUGGACAAAGUCGACCUGGCCAAAGGCAAAGCAGCAUUGUCACCCUUGGCCUUCUUGAUACAGGAAUUUAAAUGUCCCACAACAUUUUUUUUCCUCUGCCUGGGAUUUGGAGCUACAGAAACUCGGGAGCACUGUUUUCUUCGCUGUUCAGUUCAGUGAAAAUAUACGCAGAAUGGCUGUCAAUGCAAACUGUUUGGAGCUCUGAGGAUGAAGGCAAACUGCUGCCAACUCCUGUACACACAGGGCUCAGUGUGUCGUGUUUAUGACCGGCUCAGAGGACACCAGAGAUGAAGAUCUACAAGGACAGUAAACAUCCUGAGCAGAUGUUGAAUAGGAAAGAGCUGUAACUUAUUUUGGGUUUGCGGGACAAUCAUGUUUCAUCUACUCAAGUCAGAGGAUCCCAAUUCCUAUUUUUGUCUUUUAAAUGUCUUGCACAGAACUGUACAAGCACUGAAGAGCUUUUAAACAAGUUAUGGUGGGGGAAAACCGAUACUGGAAAAGGAGUUUUAGUGUCUGUUUUUAAGCGAGGAACUCACUUCACCUGACAAAAUGGGGAAUUGUUAAUGGAACUGACUUCUAAUGGAUUACGAACCAUUGAUACGCUUGAACUUUAACAUUAAUAUUUAUGAUGACGAUGAUGAUGACUCCAGUAUUGCUACUGAAGCUAAUAUACUGGUCAGUUUUGUUAUUUUUGAUUCCUGAACUGUACUUGAACAUAUUCUGCAUCAGAGGUUUGCGGUUUGCAAUCGAUAGACAUCUUGGCUGACAAGAGAACAACAACAAUCCAUCUAUUUUUAUGACCAGUUUUUGUAAUACUGCACUUUUCCUGCAGGACAACAUAGUCAGCUGUUUAACCUUCACUUGAAAAGCGUCCACAUAUGAGCGAUGCCAAAUACACUGAAUUAUAACAGAACCUGAAUGAACACUGAGGGGAAGACACAGGGUUUUUAUCACAAGUAGCACACAUCCACCUUUGCAUGCAUCUACUUAAAUCACGGUGUAUUUUUAACACGGUAUUUGAAUUUUUACACCAAAACAUUUGGCACAAAAACAGCUUUUAUGUAAAGAGUUAAAGCAUUGCCUCUGACUUUUUUUUUUUUUUAAUUUAACACUUUUUAAGACUGAAAAGCCUCUGAAUGACAGUUUAAAGCAAAGUCUUAAAGUUUUUAGAUUAUAUUUGAGAAAAAACAGUGAAGGAAUACGAAAAAAUAAUUACAAACUGACUUAGACAGAGAAUGUGUAUGUGUGUGUAUGUGUAUGUGUGUGCUUUAACAAUAUACGAGUGUGGAAGAAAUGUAAUGAAAUUACGCAAACAAUGUUCAGGAUCUGGUAACCUCUACUAUGUGAUGAAUGUGAUGUUAUUUACAUGCCAAAAGACGGGAUCCUAAGGGGAUGUUACACUUAAAGAAUCGUUUUGUUUACAGUAUCUGAAGAUAUUGGCACGGCAGAUCAUGCUGUAAUGUGUUUGAUAAUCCAGUAUCAUUGUGUAAAUAUCAGAAACACACUGAAACAUUCUGUAUAUACAGUGUAAUCUGGAAAAGGAUGCGAGUAGCAGUGAGUUUGUGUCUCUGAUCUCACUGUGGCGCUUCUCAUGGAUUAACCCUUUAGUUUGCCACAUUCAUGUGUCAGAUUUGACUGAAAGGCCUCUAAUCUUUGUAUUUGUUUGCUUUUUUUUUUUUUUUGCUUUUCACAGAAGAA